AUGCCCGUAUCCGCGCCUUCGACCACGCAUUCUCCCGGCGCGCAACGCCCCUGCUACAGAGAAAUGAGAAUGGAGGCCCCUGUGGAGGUGGUGGUGCCGUCCGUUGAAGAGAAGAUGGAAGGUAUGGAGGAGCAGCAUGCCGCCGACAAGGCUGCACUUACGCCGCCGACGAGCGAGGAUAAUGAUAAGAGGGAGGUUAGGCAAUCAUCGGAGCUGUCGGAGUUGGAGAGCAGUGAUGAUGAAGGGGAAGAGAUUGAGCCGGAUCACUAUUUUGAGGGUGGGAGGAUUCCGGUGUUUAAGCCGACCAUGGACCAGUUCAGGAGCUUCAAGAAGUUUGUCGACAAGAUCGACAAGUACGGAAUGAAGUCUGGCAUAGUGAAAGUCAUACCGCCGAAGGAAUGGCGCGACUCUCUCCCCGACCUUACUGAAGCGGUCAAGACGAUCAAGGUCAAGAAUCCGAUUAUGCAGGAGUUUGCGGGUCAGCAUGGCAUUUACACCCAGGCCAAUAUUGAGAAGCAGCGGUCGUAUAAUCUGCCCGAGUGGAAGGCGCUGACCGAGGAAGCGCAUCAUCAACCUCCGGCCAAGAGGGGUGAAAGGCGUAGAGCUGCUGCCGAUCCUCCUGCGAGGACGCGAUCUACCCGCCUUGCAGCUUCCGCAAGGGCAACGGACGACAGUUCGCCGGCUCCGAGGCGCGGACGUCCUCCGAAGAGACGUGGGCAAGAGGUAGACAAGAAGGAGGAAGAAGAGGAAAGCCGUGAGGAUGACGUCGACGUUCCUCCCACGCCUAAGUCUCCUGACAAGGAGGAUGCAUCCGAGGAAAAGAGACCGAAAAGGUCGCGUGCGAAGAAAGAGGAGCAGGACGAUGCAACCUCAACGAAACCCAAAGGCCGUCAACCCAAGUCGACCGCUUCCCGUAGGAUGAACAAUCGGACCGCUUUGGCAGACUACGUCGAUGAAGCGGCCUUUGACGGCUUUGAUUACCAUCUCGAGAAUGUCGGCGAUUUCACCAUUGAGAGGUGCAAGGAGCUCGAGGAGAUCUACUGGAAGACGAUUAAUUACGGCCAGCCCAUGUAUGGAGCUGAUAUGCCGGGAUCCCUGUUCGACGACCGUACGACCAGCUGGAACGUUGCAAAACUGGAGAAUCUGCUCGAUGUGCUUGGGACCAAGGUUCCUGGUGUCAAUACUGCAUAUCUGUAUCUGGGGAUGUGGAAGGCGACGUUUGCCUGGCAUCUUGAAGAUGUGGAUCUCUACAGUAUCAACUACAUCCACUUUGGCGCUCCGAAGCAAUGGUACAGCAUAUCCCAGGAAGAUGCCAGACGGUUCGAGGCGGCUAUGAAGAGUAUCUGGCCGAAUGAUGCGAAGAACUGCUCCCAAUUUCUUCGCCACAAGACGUACCUUAUCUCCCCGGCGCAACUGGAGAAGCAGUUCAACAUCAAGGUUAACCGACUGGUUCACUACGAGGGCGAGUUUGUCAUCACAUUUCCCUACGGUUACCAUUCGGGUUACAAUCUUGGCUAUAAUUGUGCUGAGUCGGUCAAUUUCGCCAACGAAGCCUGGCUGAGUUACGGACGCAUCGCAAAGAAGUGCGAAUGCGAAUCCGACAGUGUAUGGGUCGACGUGAACGAAAUCGAACGCAAAUUGCGAGGCGAGCCGACACCAGAGUACUACGAGGAAACGGACGAUGAAGACGACGAGAUGAAUGAGCAUCUACCGAGUCCGCCACCCAGUGUCGCCGGAAAGAGCAAAGCGAAGGCGAAUCGGAAAGGCGGUAACAAGAGGAAGAGGGCUGCUGAGGAGCCGAAGGAGGCACCGAAGCCCAAGAAGGUCAAACGCAUCAGGAUCCGUAUCAAGAUCCCGGGCAGGGGCAUGCCUUGCGUGCUUUGCCCCAAUGAUGUUGACUAUGAUGAGCUUCUUCCGACCGAUAACGGCCUAAAGGCUCACCGUCUCUGCGCUGAUUAUACUCCUGAGACGUACAUCUCGUCGAAGCCCAACGAAGUCGUUUGCAAUGUCGCUAAUAUCGGGAAAGAUCGGUUGGACCUCAAGUGCAAUUACUGCAGAUCGAAGCGUGGUGCUGUCUUCCAGUGCUCGCAAAAGAAGUGCACGAGAGCGUUCCACGCGACUUGCGCAGCCCCUGCCGGUGUGCAGGUUGAUCUUGGACCUAUGCCAACGUUCGACGAGGAAGGGACGGAGUAUUUCUAUGAUGGGUACGAUUUUAGGUGUCGAUUUCAUCGUCCGAAGAAGCGGAACGUGAAGAAGGUCACCGCGGAUACUCUGGAAAGUGAUCGGUUUAUCAUGGAUUAUGCGAAGACGCUUAAACCGAAAGACGUCGUCCAGUUCCAGUAUCUUGAUGCGGAAAUGUAUCAGAUAUACGGCGGUGUGGUCAUAGAGAACAGGCCCGGGGAAGCAACACUUCUCGUCGAGGUGCUGCCUGAUGGUGACCGUGUGGAGGUGGAGUGGAAAUAUCUUCUCCAUCUGGAUCCAGCAGAAUCGGAGAGACCGAAGCCAUCCGCGAACGCGAAGCCACUUCCUGAGCACCUCAAGGAGAAUGAUUCGUCCUUGGCCAUCACUAACCGUACCGACGGUGUUCCUGAAAUGGGCGAUCCCUUCCACGACCCUAACUCCAUCGAGAAGUGGGCUGAGUUCAAUACGGCGCCAGAAGUCACGCAGAAGGUCGCGAAGACAGAUCUUUCGCAGCCUCACACGCUGUGGCACUAUCUGGGUAAGACGUCGACAGAAGCAAGGGCACAGUAUACGGACGACCUCAGGAAACCUCUGCAUAAUCCGAAGAGUAACUUCUUGGAUACCGUUAAGCCACCGCCGCCGCCGCCGAUGCCCGUCCUCCCCCGUUAUCCGUACAAUGUACCGCCGUACUCCAUCAAACCUAUGCCAGUGGCUCCGCGAACACCUGUCCAGCAGCAGUAUCGUGAUUUUGAUGAGAAGCCUUAUCAGUACAAGCCGAAAGUGGAAGUGAACACGUACCGUUCGCCAGUGUCUCACUAUAAUCCAGAUACGCGGAAGAACCCUAACUCACCAGUAGCACAUCAACCGAACGUUUCAUACGACCAUCGCCCACCAGUUCCUCAGCAGGGCCACACUCAUCACAUCCCGAAUACACAGCCGCAUCAUGCAAAUCGUCCUUCACAUACUUUCCAUCACUACCAACCUCCGCAGAAUCACUCUCACAGGUGGAAGGUGUCUCCAACACAGGCGCCACCGACUUCCGGACCCUUGCUCCAUGGGAUUGAUCAGUAUACUACGAGUCAUCAGCCGCUUCCGCCAUAUCCUUAUCAUCCUCAGGCUGGUCCCCAGUCCGCAAAGGCGUAUUCAUCCUACCCGCAGACUCAGACCUCCGGCUCUGAUCGACGGUCGUCCUUCUACGGACCGCCCAUCCAACAUCUUCCUGAAUCACAGCCUCAGAGCACUCCGCAUCGCGGAGUGCCACAUGCCCACAUUAUGAGCAAACCACCCGGAACAUCCCAUUCCAAUUCUUCAAUGUACGCCACAAGCCAUCUCUCCUCAUUUGUUUGCACUGCCCAACCUUUUUCCUCCUCUCUACCCCAAAAUGACUACCUUGCCUAUGUCACCAAAUACCCUUACCUGAAGAACGCGUUUUUGAGGAGAGCAAAGACUUACAUUUCGCCUUAUAGUCCAGACGGAGGAUUCUCGCCGGAAUGGAAAGCUAGGCUUGCGGGAACCACGGCUCAGCAUCACCCUCAGCAUCAACCUCAACCGCAUCCUCAACAUCAACCGAGACAAGCCAUCUCCAUCACCCCCAAACCUACUCCUCCCUCACUUCUACCCAAUGGGCACUCGCCACAACUCCACCCUCAGGCAACCAACUUUCACACAGGUUUAACACCACCACCACCACCACCACCACCAACAUCAACAACGCCGUCGAAUGCGAAUCUCCCCCGCCACAGACCAACCCCGCAAUUCCAAUCUGCAGACGCCUUCCAACGCGCCAUUUCCGCCACCGCCAGCGCCCCUUCGAUGCACGAAUCAAAUAUGCCCAAGUGGGAGUCUAUGAUGAGGCAACUGGCUGCGUCCCCUGCGCCAGCGCCAGCGCAAGCGCAAGCGGUAGCAGCGCCGCAAGGACCGAAUUCGCAGUUACCGGCGCUGGCGAGGAAUCCGCCGUUGAUGCCCGUGGCGAGGAUGACGGGUGCGAGGGUGGCGUGGGGUUCGGGUUCGCCCACGUUGGCGCGGAACGGAGGCAACGGAGGCUCGGCGCCGCACUCGCAGACUCAUCAAGGGACGUCCCAGGGGCAACAGCAGGCACAACCCGCUUUGAGUGAGGCUAUCGAUCCACGGCUGAUGAGCGGAAAUGUGGCCGCUCCUGGUGGUGGUGGUGGUGAGGGGUCGGGACUUGCCGGAAAUGUUGGCGUUUAG